AUGUCGGAUUCCACUGGUCCGUUGGAUCUAAGAUUACAGGCCGAACGUCAGUUUUUCAGUAAGGAUAUGAAAAACGACACAAUGCCCAGAAACAAAAGACUGGUUGAUGGGAGCGCCGGGAAAGGUCACAAACGUGCACGUCCUGUGGAAUCGCAAUCGAGUCGCCUUAGUUGCAUCCCUGUGUCUGACACGGAAGUAUUCAUCUGUCCAGUUUGCCGCUCUCACUCCUCAAAUUUGCAACAUUUUAUUGAACACAUGUCCACACAUAUUGCGAAUUCGACGGACACCAAAAGUGAGAACAAGUUUCCCCUCGUCGAACGAAAUAUGCGAUCUUUCGGACGAAAGCCACCGGUGCUCAUAGAAUCAGCCCUAUCGAUAUCUCCUGGACAUUCGAGACCUCGAUCUGCAGUCAGUUACUGCGAGGAUCGUGUAGUAGGACAGUCUGAACCGGUACAACCUCAGCCGGACCCGACCGUGUUCAGUCGUGAAACGUCGUUCACCUGUUCUCUUUGUCUAUCUGACGGGAAUUACUCGAGCAUUUGGGAGCUGGUUGUAAGUGUAACUGACGGGUAA